AUGGAAAAUAAUGAAUAAGAGGAAUAUAUUUAGUUAAAGAAAAACUAUGCCUUGAGAGAGAAUGAAUGGAAAAAGGAUAGGGCUUUGUAUGAAUAAAAAAUACAAUUGUUGGAAAUGCAAUUGGAGGAUUAUAAAACAAGAGAAAUGAAUCAAAAGAAACUGAAUGAUACCAUUACUUAGGCAAUAGAUAUUUCAGGAAAGUCAUAAGUAUCAUUCAAAAUCUAUUUUAUAAAGCAAAAAAGUUAUUCAGAAUUUCAAAAAUCUAUUGAAGUCUAGAUGGUCAAUAACAAAAAGCACUAAGAAAGCAUUACGAAACUGGAAGAGAAACUUAGAUGUCUGAACGAGUAAUUAAACGAAAAGGAAAUUUAAAUUAAGGAUCUUGAACUUUAGAUGCAGAAAUAAUAAAUUACCUAUGAUCACAAGAUUUAGAGUUUGGAAUCAGAGAAAUAGUAUUUAAACUAAGAAAUUACUAAAUUCAAAGAUUAGAUACAAAAAACAGAGGAAAAUUUUAAAUCCAGAGAGCAAGUAUUCAAAUUAUAAUGCGAAUAAGAAAUUCAAAAAAUCAAGGAUAAUUUUUUUAAGGAUAUGCAAGAAAAACAAUCAGAUUAUGAUUAAAGAUAUCAAUAAUUAGCGCAAUUAUACGAAAAAGAAAAAGAUUAAUUACAAUAAAGAUUGAUAAGAAGUCAAAAUACAAUUAAAAAAUAUUAAACUCAUAUUGAAUCUAAUCAAGAAGUUCAACAAUUACAAUAGAAGUAUGAUGAACAAAUUGCAGCCUUAAAAUAAGAGAUGCAUGAACAAUAGGUGCAAUUUCAAUAUGAAAAAAAAAUGCUGAAUAAAUAAAUUGAUGAUCAGAGAAUAAAUACUAACAAUUACGACAGUACUUCCAAGAAAAAGAGUGUAGAUAUGAUGAAAAUUAGGAACUCAGUUGUUUCUCAAGACAGUCCAGUUUAAUGUAAAAGUUUCCAUAUCUCCUAACCUGAUUUUAAGUAGGCGUUCUAACAACCAAAAAAUUCAAUAACAUCCCUUUAAAAAUAAUCGCUUCAACCUCCAAAAAACAAUUAAUCAUUUGAAAAGGUCAAGGCCAAUAAUCAUGACACUCUCCCUAUGCCCAUUGAAGAUUUUAAUCUAAUGAUGAGCAAAAAAGCAAAAUCUUAAUCAACCAAUUCUCUCCCUUUGAAUAAUUUAAAUCUUAACUCAUAUCUUUAAGAUGCAAGCAUCAUGAAGGAAGAAACAGAGGCUGGAGAUGAAUACAUUAGAUUUAAGUUAUCUAAUCAACAAACAACUAGAUUUAAUAAUGAUGUUGAUCAACGAAGAUCAUAUUCACAAUAAGGGACUAAAGCUCACAGUAUUAAUUCGACUACAAACUUAAGUAAAAUUUUGGGAUAGACAGAUUAAAGUUAUUAAAAUUAAAAUACUUCGAUAUCUACUUAGUAAAAAACUCAUAACACUUCAUUUUCGCAUUUUAAGGUUCCAUCUUUUACUUAAGGUCAGUUAAACAAUCUUAAAUAUAGCUUAUAUUAGCAAUAACCUUAAACCACGUUGAGAAUGAAUGAUAAUCAUAUUAAUCACAUCUAAUAAAUUAAGGCGAGAUACAUAAAUUAGGAUGAAUCUACUUAGAAUGACUCAAAUUCUUUCAAAUAUAAUAAAGAGAAUCAGUAGCCAUCGAAAAGUGUACAUAUAAAUAACGAAAUUAAGUUUUUGAUUGGCAAACUGCUUCAAGCAAAAGGGAAAUUGACGACGGAAUUGGAAAAUACAUAGAAAUCUUGUAGAUAUAAGACUUGAAUGUUAUUAAUUAUAUUGUUUUAGAUCAUCUAUUCAUUUAA